GAACUGGCGGGAGCGGUGUAACUUUCCCGGAGAGGAGAGGGCGAACCUAAGCUGCGGAGAAGCGCCACCAGACCGCCACCUAGCUGCGGACACGACUCUGGAAACACCCGCGUCCAUGUGUCGGUGUUCAGCGGGGUCGUCUCGCGCUCUGAUGGGAAUUAAAAACUCGCUUUUCGGGGGAGUUUUCACCUCCUUCGGCCUCAGUUAUGUAACCAAAGCAACAUUUUAAUGCGCCAGAAGGGAGAGGGAGCAGCUACACCUCCAGGCUUUGAACACAAGGCUCUCCGGGACGCGCGCUCCCCUCGCGCGAUUCACGCAGCUCAAGCCUGACGGACCUUUUCCUCGCUGGAUGUAAGAAGACCUCAGCUGCUCUUGGAUGGUGAAAGGAUCUAUUUUUGUAACCUUUCUGAUACAUUCCUUCAGUCUUCUCUUCACCUUUUACCACGCCCGCCCAGGUGUUUGAAUAGUGGGAACUCCAGAGCACCUUACUCCUCCCCCCGACUUCUCUGAUGGACCAGAGAGUGAAGGGGGGGACCCCUCCAACCACCGCCUCCGCUUUGGAUGCCAAUUCAGCACCUGAGGACGCCAAGCAGGACCAAGUGGCUGAGAGAAAAAGGAGAAGCGAAGAUGAAGGGAAGAAAGAGGAGGAGAAAAGAGGAUGUAAGAGGGAAGGAGACAAGGGAGCAGUGCUGGAGGUGCUCAUCGAGGGACGCUGUGGAGGCGUGGGGCAGCAGGAGCUGCAGAUCUCUGGCAGGGAGACGAACUGCCCCGAGGGGAACGUGCGAGUCCGGAUUGGGCUCCAAGCCAAGCGCACCAAAAAGCCCCCAAAAAUUUUGGAGAGCUACGUGUGCAAGCCCACCAUCAGGACCUACCAGAGACAUGGUAGGGGGGGACUGCUGCGGGCAGAUGGAGAAGGAAAACCCAUCCAGCAGAGUAAAGGCAGCUCAACCACAAAUGAGGCGAACAGAGAACAUUGCGUGGGCUUGGAUGCUACCCAGGCCACAUCCAAAAAGACUGUAUCUGCUGCUUCACAACCUCUGACAUCGUCAUCUUCAUCACCACAACCUUUGUCAUUAUCCUCAUCAAAGUCUACCCCAGCCUCAGUCCCUGCAACAACCAGCCAGGGGACCAAGACUACCAAGCAGGUUCCCAUCAAGCUGGCCGAUAAGGCAGAAGAGAAUUCAAAUAGCUCAUCGGAGAGAGUGAAAAAAGACAAGCUUCCAAGUAUCAAUGGUCAGCCUAUCCCUGCAGGACCUAAACCCUGCUCACCCCUAACAGACCAGACAGCUUCAACCGCUCGAUUCGCCACAAGCAACCCAAAAGUCUCCACGUUGGACACCAGGAAUGAAGGGAGCAGCUCCAAAAAACACAAUGGUUUGGUUCAGACAUCAAAACAGAAGGGAUUAUCAGAUGGGAGAAGUUCUGCAAAUAUCCUUGGCACUUCUUCGAAAAGCAAAGCUGGAAAACACGUCAUUCUUUCUUCUGCUUCUUCCACGGACUCUUCAGCAAGGCCUCCAGUCUCCUCAGGCUCACAUAAAGAACUGUCGGGUAAGAGUAGGCCGGACUCGCCAUCUUGUCGUCCAGUCUCCCCUAAAUCCCAGUUUUCUCCUGAUGUGGAUCUCUCUUCUACUCAAUCCAAAGAUCAGGAUCCCUCGCAACAGCCCCCAGUAGUAAAAAAGAGAGAAAAAGAAAAGAAAGCUAAGAAAGAGAAGCGGAAAGAUAAGAAAUCAAAGCAAGAUAAGCUGGAAGCUGGGAGAAAGAAGACUGAGAAACUGAAGGAUGACAUAACAAAAAAGAAGAAAGAGAAGGGGAAGGAUGGAAAAUCAAGAAACAAUAAAGAAAAGGCUCAGAAACAAAGAACUGAUGAUUCGUGGGAGGAUGAGCUAAAGACGGAGAGAGGAAAGGUUGAAAAAAGGGAAAAGCUCAGUCCAGAUGGACAAAGGACAGUGGAUACUGUAAAAUGUGGUGAAGCAACUUGUAAACAAGAUAAAACCUGUAAAGUAGUGACAGAGAAGGAAAAGACAGAGGACAAGCUAGAUGAACAAGCCGAGCCUUCAACAACAGGUGAUCCCAGUAAAUCAAAGGAACAAGACGUCUCGAGAUGUUCAGCUGUGCCUCCAGCCCACUCCACUUCGUCCGCUCCUCCCCCCCUGCUUUCGCCUUCUGCCCAUGCCCCCAUUUCUCCCCCUUCUUCACCCCAAGAGCAGGACAGCCGACCACUCAAGAAACGCAAAGCUAGAAGGCCCAGCUGGACGAAGCUGGUGCAUCGUGCCCACAGGAUGGACAGUCAGGAAGACCAUUCAGAGUCCUUGCAUAAUCCCUCACCAAGUUUUCCUCAGAUUACCAAGGCGCCGUUUCCUGACAAAACCACUAUUCAUCAGAGUGAUGAGUCACAGUUGCCACCCUCUGGCUCCAUAUCUAGCUGCUCCUCCCAACUGUCGUCUGCAGUCAAACCUCCAACUCCAAAACAAACUCGCCCCACAUUGGAUUUAAGCCCUACUGCUUCAUUAUUCACCACGAUCAGUGUUCGGAAAAGGGGCCGACCAAAAUCCCAUAGCUUUAGCUUAGAUGAAACUACUCCUCCUCGGCUUUCACCGAACGAUAGCUCAGUCGAGGAGCUUCCUACUGAGCAUGAAAGAGUUCAGAAAGCCCCUGUGCUGGAGCCAGUACUGCAUUGUACCUCACAGCCGAGCUCAAGCCUCAAGAAGCGCGGCCGUCCUCCCAAACGGGCCCUCCCUGUGGACGACAGUGAAGAUGUACUGGAUCACGUCGAGAGGAGCAAAGGCUUUCAUCCUUUUGAAAAGGCGAGCAGGCAGCUAAAGAUCAGGAGACUGAUUAACGAGAUGAAGAAAAGGAAGAAGAGGAGACUUCACAAAGCAAUAAUGUCUGGUUAUGUGAGGAAGGAGGGAAGGGGAGUAGAGGCAGCUGGUGGUAAAACCUCACUGGGAAUGUGUAAAUCGUUUGAGACUACAACGGUUCACACGCUCUCAGCCCUGUCCUCCUCAUUCGGGAGCAAGCUGGGCCCUCAGAUCAAUGUGAGCAAGAGAGGGACCAUUUACAUGGGCAAGAGGCGAGGACGUAAGCCCAAAUCCCAAACAGCAAACCGAAAUUCCAGCUCCCAGUGCUCCACUCAGCCGUCUCUGUUUACCAGUCACUCUGAAGCAUCUCUCUUCUCAUCUAACCAGCCUCCACCCUUUCACCCCUUCCCUUCCCCAUCUCUUACCCACUCCAGUGGUGCCCAAAGUCCAUACAGUGAUGGCAGCCUCACGGAACCAACAUCCUCUUUCCUUUUUUCUCACCAUUUCUCCCUGCCUUCCCCAACCUCUUCCUGUACAUCCCCUCGUCCUCCUUCCUCUUCCUCCCUCUCCCCCUUUGUGAAGAAGAGUUGUCCAUGUCAAGGGAGGCAUCAUUUCCCCUUCCACCAGUCUACAUGUAUGCUUUCCUGUGCCACUCCUCCUCUGCACCUCACCCCUGGCUCUCCCAGCCACCUGAAAGAGGCCACUCCUUCCCCCAGGAGCGAGUCCCACAGUGAUGAGACGUUGCCGAGUGACAGUGGAAUCGGAACUGAUAACAACAGUGUCUCAGAGCGAGGGGAGUUUAGGGGAGCUCGAGGGAUACUUCGGUUUGGUCAAGGGUCAGGGGUUACUGUAGGGCGUCAGAGACUUCCUCCUUCCCCAGUCUCAUCUCCCAACUCGCACAUGUCCAGACAUUCAAAUGCAAUUGGCACCUUAAACUCUGUGGAACGGCACAGACACCGACACAGGCGAAGGGAUUAUGACGGUCCCUCCUCGUAUACGUGCCUGUGCCCUUGUCCCUGUCCAGGACACAACAAGUGCACUCAACCCGACUACGCUCCCUGCCUUGGGCACGGUGCUGUGAAGAGACAAAAAAACAAACACAAGAAGAAACACCAGCAGCUGCUCAUGCAGGAUCCAGAGUUUUUGGCUGAGCUGGACGAUCUGAUCACGCAGUUCGGUGACGUCCACAUUGGACGGAGAAGCUGGGCAAGGACAGGACUGGGGUCAGGCUUUGACAAAAGCACUUCUGGAGGAAGGCGACAUUUUAGCCCGUCCUCCUCUCAUUCCCUCCGCUCGAACAUCUUCAGGAUCAAUCUGAACGGCUUCUACUCGCCUCACCCUUCGUCCUUCUCCACUGGCUCCUCCUUCAGCCCUCAGUCUUUCUACCCCUGCCACUGCAGCAGGAAACUGGACCGCAGGCAGUGCAGCUGCCACUCUAAAUUUCAAGAAACCAUUGACAAUAUGGGCUUUUACAGCAGCUACCCCACAGCACCACCCACACUCUACCACCACCUUCCCAGCUCCUACCCACUUCCACCACCUCACCAGUAUGCCUUGCAUCAGCCCCACCAUGCCCACAUCCUCCUCAACCCGGCCAGAUUCCACAGGAGGAGGAGUCGGUUGCUGCGAGAGGGAGCUUUGGGAGCAGAGGUGGAGGGAGGUUUAGGGGCAGGCAGCAAAGGAGGAGGAGGCAGCGGCUCGGCCUACACUUCCAGUCUCUCUUGUGCGUGGGGGAGGAGUGAGCACAAACAUAAACAUUGUCACAGGCACUUUGAGCAACAUGUGGAUGAUGACGAAGAGGACGAUGGAAUGGAAAGAGAAGUUUCGGCUGCUUCAAAGUCACAGUCAGGGUUCGUUCAAGCAGAUGAGUGCAGGAGAAGUUCAAGAGGUUCAGGGAGCAUGCUGUCCAAAGAAUCACCAUGGUUACGCCAGAACGGAACUGACCUCUUCUCUGCUGCUGCUUCCUCUUCAUCAUUAUCAUCUUCAGCAGAGCGAUACAAAAGCUCACCUCUCACCUCCCUGGGGCUGGGCUCCUCGCACCUGUCUUCAUUCGGAGGAGGCUGGGGCGGCUUGGGUCAAAGCUGGGCAAAAUUUAGGAACCUAGGAGGCCCGGGGUUCGGAAAGCCCAGCUGGACGGGCUUCACUGGGGAGCGGCCCACGGGCAGGCUGAGCGCAUCGGACAGAGAGGACGAAGACGAAGGAGAUGUCAACGAGCCGCACCUGUACAGGACUUCCCUGUCCCCGACACACACCAACCUGUUCACUUCUGCUGCCAUGGCAACAGCGGCGAGGGGUCUGAGGAGCGGAUCGUCCUUCAGGAAUACAGGAAGUGGAGAGAGGUCGUGGAGGCGGGACGAGCCAGCGUGGACAGAGAGGAGGGAAGCAGGUUUACAAGGUGACUCGAGGAGCCGGGGGCAGCAGCGAAGUGUGCCAGCUCCUGCGAAAAGCAAACGAGGGCCCGGACGGCCCAGGAAGCACCCGCUGCCUCCCGCCUCCGCCGCCGCAUCCUCCCCCACGUUUUCAUCUGCAGCUCCGUUUGCGUCGCCGCCUGACCUGUUGCCAGCAAGCAGAGACGGGAGAGAAGCGGGAGGGAGAACGGAGGGCACCGUGCCAGAGAGAGGAGGAGGAGGAGGCAGUGCUGCACAGCAGGUUACAGAGCUGGAGGCCAGGAGGAAGAGAGGUCGCAAAAGAAAACACGGCGCCUCUCCUGGCCACGAGAGUUUUGACAACGAUCAGUCGGAGAGCGACACACUCCCUGAACUCCUCAACCAGUCGGACGUCGACCAGGCGCCGUCCCAACCAGCGAUUGUCCGAAGGGAGGACAGGUCGGAUGGACCUCCCAGGAAGACGUUUCUGAGAGCGGGGCUUUACUCGGACGAUUACAAAACUGCAGAUCCCCCCUCCGAAGUCCAGAACGGCAGUGAUAAUCUGGAGUACACACCGGGGAAGCACGAGUUCAGCCUUUUACCUGCUCCCAUACACGUUGGAAAGUACUUGAGACUGAAGCGAAUUCACUUCCAGUUGCCGUACGAUGUGAUGUGGCUGUGGCAGCACGACCAGCUUUACCGUCAGCCUGCUGUCCCCCUGAAGAGGAAGCGGCGUUACUGCCGCCUGAAGCAGAGAAUUGCGUCUUUUCUGCCUACAGUGGAGAGCUCCAGGGACCUCACCAGUUUGUUCCCUCAUCUUGAUGUCGAGCCUCUGAACAGCAGCGAGCGGAGCUUUGUGGUGAAGCACCGCGUGUUCCUCAUCAGGAAUUUGGAGCUGGUGAGAGACCGACAGAUCCAGAUGAGGAUGGAAAGAGAAAUGGAUGAAGAGGAGGAGGAGGCGGGAGAGGAAAGAGAAGAUGGAACCAGUGGGGACGACCGCCACUUCAAGUCAGGUCCAUGA